AUGUCAGCCCAUGAAGGUGUCAGUUGUGACGCAUGUGGUAAAAGUAAUUUUCGUUCGAAACAAUUCAAAUGUCUAAUUUGCUAUGAUUAUGAUUUGUGUUCCACAUGCUACGAACAAGGUGAAACAUCCAGUCAUCAUACAAGAGAACAUCCUAUGCAAUGUAUUUUAACACGUCAAGAUUUUGAUUUAUAUUAUCAGGGUGAACGAUGUACAUCAGAGUAUCCUCAAUCAUUAACUUGUCCAUUUUGUGGUGAGAUGGGUUUAACAUUACCAUUUCUUAAUGAAUCAUCUUCAUCGAAUGAUCAUCAUAUAGAAAAUAUUGAUUUAUUUCAACAUCUUCAAAUAAAACAUGGUAAAACUCAACAAUUAUAUGAAGUUAUUUGUCCAAUAUGUGCUGCUAUGGUUAAUGGUGAACCAAAUUUAGUUACUGCAGAUCUUAUAUCACAUAUAACUAAUGAUCAUCAGGAUCCACAAGGAAACACACCAUCAUCAGCUGGGGGAGAAACACAUACUUAUUCAAGACAAUCAUCAUCGACUAGAGAUUAUAAUUUUGGUAUUGAUUCUGGAAUUCGUGCUGGUUUUCGACGUGGAUCAUUAAGAACAACUAUUCGACGAGGUGCAUUAGGAAGAGGUAAUGAACCUGUAAGUCAACAUAUUCUAAUUGAUACAUCAUCAGGAUUACCUACAUCUGCUAAUGGAAAUGAUCCAAUUACUAAUUUAUUAACACAAUUAUCAAAUGUACGACGAUUAGCAGCAGUUAAUAAUAAUAUGAGCAAUACUAAUAGUUCAUUAACAUCUUCACCAAAUACAAUUAAUAUUCAAACACUUACUCGUCAACAAUAUGAACGUGAACGUCUUCGUGCAGCCGGACGUUCUUAUCACUAUCAGCAAUCUAAUAAUCCCCAGCAACAAUCAAUACCUACAUCUAAUGUUGUCCCAUCUGUUGAAAGUGAUUUUUUCGAUUCACUUUAUUCAUCAGCUCUUUUAACUGAUCCAUCUACUUUGUCUACUAAUAAUCAUCAAGCUUGGACACGCAUUAUUACUCAACAACAAUCUACACCCGAACAACAAUCACAAACUUCAUCCAAAACAAAAACUUCUACAGCAACCAAUUCGGAAUCUGAUCCUUCAUUAUUACGACAAAUGUGUGAUCAAUCUACUUCGUCCUCUUUAAUUCAAUCAAAUUCAACAGUAAUGCAAUCAUCAAAGAAAAAAAAUGAUUUUGUGCAAAAUCUACUUCUUUCUAGUUUUGCUUAUUUGAUUAAUGAUAAAUGA